GGAUUGGCUGCUCAGACAGAGGCCGGGGCGGGGCAUGGGGAGGUUCUCUUGGUGCGGCGGCCAGUGCAGAGAGAGCCGAGCGGCUGAGUGCCGGUUGAACCAGGUUCGAUCUGGCGCGCUUCACUGCAGUUCCUUGAGGCUUCUCCGCAAGCUCGGCCCCAGGGCGCCGGCGCAGCUGCUGCGUCCCGCCCCAACCCAUGGCCGGUGUGCGGGGCGCGCCUGGGCAGGAGCAGUGAGGGAAAGUCCCCAAAGGAGAAGCCGCAGCAGCUGCUGCUACCGACAGGAUGGGUACGGUGCUGUCGCUGUCGCCCGGUGCGCCGGGGAAAAGCGGCGGCGGCGGCGGCGUCCUGACCGAGAAGACAGCCCCAGGCAGGGCGCACGGCAAAGGCGAGAGCCGCUUGAAGCGGCCGGGCGUGCUCAUCUCUGCCCUCACCUGGAAGCGCCUGGUGGCCGCCUCGGCUAAGAAGAAGAAGAAUGCCAAGAAGGUGACGCCCAAGCCCGGCUCCGGAGGCGCGCCCGACCCCUUAGUGCAGCAGCGCAAUCGCGAGAAUGUGCGCAAGUCCCAGCCGGACGGAGCCAAGCAGGGUCCCCUGGCCGUGCCGGUGCCCACCGUGCCCGCCUCUGCCCAAGACGGCGGGAAGCCCCCGCCGGUGCCUCCGCCGCCCCCGCCGCUGCCCAGCAGCCGCGCCGCCGCCGGCUCCCCUCGGCGGGUGAUCGUGCAAGCUUCCACCGGCGAGCUGCUUCGCUGCCUGGGGGACUUCGUGUGCCGCCGCUGCUACCGCCUCAAGGAACUGAGCCCUGGUGAGCUCAUCGGCUGGUUCCGCAGCGUGGAUCGCUCGCUUCUGCUUCAGGGCUGGCAGGACCAAGGGUUCAUCACGCCGGCCAAUCUGGUCUUCGUGUACCUGCUCUGCCGUGAAGCGCUGCAGGGGGACCAGAUCGGCAGCCAAGCGGAGCUCCAGGCCUCCUUCCUCACCUGCCUCUAUCUGGCCUACUCCUACAUGGGCAAUGAAAUCUCGUAUCCGCUCAAGCCCUUCCUCGUUGAGGGCGACAAGGAGCGCUUCUGGGACCGCUGCCUCUCUAUCAUCCAGGGCCUGAGCGCCAAGAUGUUGCAGAUCAACUCGGAUCCACACUACUUCACGCAGGUCUUCCAGGACCUCAAGAACGAAGGCGAGGGAGGCUCCACAAAGGACUCCAGCGCCAACAAACACUGGACUAUAAGCCUGGACCGCUAAGAGAUGUCGGAGGUUCCUCCUUAACCACCUCCUUCGACCUUCCCAGACUCAUCUCGCCUCUCCAGACAGGCUUUUCUCACCUGGGAUUCCUCCUGGAGGGAUGGGGAAGAAUAAGACGUGAGGGGUGGGGGUAGGAGUGGAGAACUGCCUGGGACAUAUCCCUUAAUCCCCCCCCCCACAUACCAGUAGCAUUCAUGGAGCUACUGCCCCCCCUCCAUUGCCCAGAAUGAGCCAUUUAUGGACUAUGUGUUUGUGAGGGGGGGGACCUGUUAGAGUCCACUCUUUCCACACUCCAUCUUGUGGGCCACACCCAGAAUUGCUUCAACCCCUUCUCACAGCUGCAGUAUCGAAAUGGUUUGGGAGUGGGUGGAAUGGGGGUAUCUGGCCCAUGGCAUACUGAAUCUUUUGGCUGUGAGCAGAACUAGCUCCUCUAAUCCCUUGAUCCCUUUUCCCUGCAAGAUGCCACAAGGUGGAUGCCCUUCAGACCCUGUGUGUGCAUCUCUGGAGCCGAGGGCAGCCGUCUUUUUUUCUUCCAAAUAGGGAGAAUUCCUAGACUAUAAUUAUGGGUCAACUUGAGGCAAUCUUUAUUGACAAGGUUCUGUCUUGUGCAGCAGCUGCGACCUCACCUGUGAAAGCCUCACCAGUGUGUCCAUGGUCUGGGUCUUUUUGCUGCUACUGUGAAUCACAGUACAGCCCCAGGGGCAUUCCCUUUUGCAGUUCUUCCCCCCCCACCCCACCCCUGUGAAACAGUCCCUGCAUGUAUCUGUCCUUCCUACCGUUGGUGGUUCUGGCAUAGUGGUUGUUCUACAAAGUGGAUGAUGGUCUUGUACAACUAUCAACCACUGCAAGUCAAAUGCCUUUCAUCAUUUCUUUCCUUUUCAUCCCUGUACUGAGGAAGGGGAGUAAGGAAGAGAGGGUGUGUGUGUGUGUGUGUGCGCGUGCCCCAACACUGAAAUGAAGUGCUGGGAAAGCAGUGCUGCUAUCCUUCAAUGCCCCUUAGCUGCCUCAACCCCCUCUUUCUCCCAUCUGAAGUGGAGGCUGGGAGCUGUCCAGAGUGCUGGCCUCUUAGAAUGACAUACAUUUGCACAUUCUCUAAGCUGAAAACAAGCCGUCUCUUGGUGUUUGAAUGUAACAGAACAAUGUCUGACUUAACAGGAUGUUUGUGCCAAUGUUGCUCAAAUGUACAAUAACAUAUUGUUUUAUAUUGUAUAUUUAAAGAGAUAAAGUUAACGAGUCAAAGCGGAA